AUAGGUUGAUAGAGACAAAGAUGUUCCCAUUGAAUUAAGUUUGGAUGCUGCAGAGAAAAAAAAGUUCUGCUUAGAGCUAUACUUAGAAAAACCAGGGUCACCAAACGCGGUGGUGGUGUGCCAUUCCUUCCGGCUACACGCACUCCAGCAACCCUAGAUUUUCCUUGGAAACGCGGCAGCAAGAAACAUCAAACACACAUCGAUCGGCGCCUUUGCGCGUUCGUCGUGCAUGCGAUCCAUGGGUCGUCGUCGCCUCGGCACCGCGGCGCUCGUGGCCCUCGUCGCGGCCUGCCUCCUGUACUGCGGCGCGGCGGCCGACGACGCCGGGCCGACGACGACGGACCUCGGCGGGGCGCCGCUGCUGCGGGCGGCGCCGUGCGACGGGACGCUGGGGCAGUGCGCGGUGGGGAGCGAGGAGGAGCAGGAGGUGGGCGGUGGCGGCGACGCGCUCCUGCGGCGGGCGCGGGCGGCGCGGCAGCCGACCAACCGGUACAUCAGCUUGUGUAGGUCGCCCACCUCUAUCGCCGCCCCGCCGAUGGAGGGCAGCCCGACGCGGUCCUCCACGGUCGGGGUCGGUUUUCUGCGAUACGGAGUUGCGAUACAGAUACGGAGUUACGGAGAUGACGCGCGAGGCUGAGGACGGAGAGUAGGGCGGAGAGUAGAGAUGUAAGGUCGUGAUCAUGCUUUUAAUCUGAGCCGUUUAAUCUGUAUGACAUGUGCUGUAAGUCGUUGAUCUUGUAGGUGGGAUUUGCUUGGAGAAGAUUUCAAUUAUAGUAGAGAUUUACGACAAACAACUUUAUAAAUCAGCUGCAACGAGCUGCUCUGAUCGUUACAUCGUGCAAGCCUACAUCAUGUAGAGGUUGUAGCCAGUGGCAUUGGGGUUACAUGAUUGAGAUUGGAGCAAGAAAAUUCUACCAUCUGAACAUGAUGUGCUGCUUCCUGAAGUGCCUGCCGAGCAAGACUUCGGUGUACCUUGUAGAUCCUGGAUACUGUGGCAGUGUGGCUGUAGCAUUGUUGCUGAAGACUU